GCCAUGGAUCUCAAGGUGCUCUGUGCACUCUCCAUCACCCUCAUCAUAGCCCUCAGCAGCCUGGCAGAGGGAGUUGCACCUCCAACAAAAUGCCAGUGUAAAAUGCUUCCCAGGGAGAGGACAAACUGUGGCUACCCAGGGAUCUCAGCAGCAGAGUGCAAGAAAAUUGGGUGCUGCUUCAACGCCUCAGUCCCCAACGUGCCCUGGUGCUUCAACCCCAAACCAAAGAAAGUGAAGAAAGUGUGUCCCAAUGAUCCCUACACCAGGAUAAACUGUGGCUACCCUGGCAUCAAAGCCAGGGAUUGCACGAGGAAGGGCUGCUGCUUCAAGGCACACCCCGCCGGUGUCCCCUGGUGCUUCUACCACCGUGUCGUGGAGGAAGCUUGUUAAAGGAGAAACUUCCAUCGAGAACUUUGCAAUCUUUGGAUCUACUCCAACGGAAGGACAGAUGGAGGGCCCAGCUCAGACUUUAUAUUUUGCAACAGCCAUGAUUUCUAGGCUGGUUUUUUAUCUGGGAUCGACUCCUUUCUGAUGAAAAGUUACUGGUAGCUUUUAUUCUCUCUGUAGACUAGCACUGCACAGUUUUUCACUGUAAUAAAACAAGUACAACUCAA